CACCGCGUAACACAGCCUCUGUCAUCGUGAAGCCAUCGCGAUCAUGCUGGAGCUGUCACCAGAAGACCGAGAGCAUUGUCAAGAUGUCACCACCCAGUUACUCGACCGAACUCUGUUUGAAUGCGAGGAGCUUGACUUGGACACUAGCAGCUCCAAUUGCCACGCGCGCCUCGACAACAAACGAUGGAAGAAGCUCCAGUCCCACCCAAACGUGACGUUGUACGCCGACCGACGUCCUAAUGCCGCGUGGCUUCCUGUGAUGCAUCGCGAGGACUGGGAACAUCCGAUCUCGGUAGUAUCCAUUGGAGAGAUGAACUGCUCAGUAGAUGAUGUACUACUCGCUUUGGUUACGCCGGACGUUGCUACACAACGGAUGAGAAGCGUGUUAAGAGGUCGACGCCCAGAGGUUAACUGUCGACACGAUCCGAUAGUAGUACCCACCCAGGAAUCUCCGUUUCAGAAUCUCGUAGUGUCUCGAUCCGUGUACUCCCAGAAUUGGCCGUUUACAAUGUUUGUCGGUCCUCGUGAGACGGUUCUCGCCUGUGCUACAGGGAAAAUCACAUCUGCAAGCGGGAACCGCUGCGGCUACGAAAUGGUUCAGUCGGUCGCGUUGCGCUACACGUAUGCUCAAUCUUCCUCAUUGCCGCGAUCACAAAUGAUUCAAGCUCGAGUCUUCUGGGAGAAACCUGACGGAUCCGUGAUCAUGUACAACAAAUUUGUCAUUGAUGCGAAAAACCGCCUCCCAGAUUCUGUCAAACUCGGAACUGUGUGUCGAGCGGUCAUGGAUUUCUGGAAGUUCAUUCCACGUGCCAUUGAUCUGAAAAAGUUACGCUGGUGUAUGAAAAACCAAAAGUCUUUGGCUCAUGACUUGCAGCGCUCCUCUCAGUUACUUGGCUGUGCUGGAUGUGGUGUCAUUACUCAAAAAUCGCAAAGUGCAAACACUGGAGGAUCAGAAAACCGCACGCCUGGAAAACAGUGCGAGCUCUGCACAGUGAAACAAAAAUGUACGAACAAACCCUAA